AUGCAGCCCACGAGGACAAAGGCUGAGCUUCAGCAGCAGAAGAACAAGCUUGCAAACUCCUACAAUGAGCUUCUAGAAGAGUUCUCUGCGAAAGAUUUGAGACAUGUUGGCAACUACACACUGGGGAGAUUGAUAGGAAAGGGCUCCUUCGGGAAGGUUUAUCUCGCAAGACAUAAUCUCACCAACGGUUCGAAGGUUGUUCUUAAAUCCGCGAGAAGAGACGAUGCAAACCUUGCCCGCGAAAUCCACCAUCACAGACAGUUUAUACACCCUCAUAUCGCUCGGCUCUACGAAGUCAUCGUGACGGAGAACCUGGUCUGGCUGGUGCUCGAAUACUGCCCCGGUGAUGAAUUAUACAACUACCUGACAAAGCAAGGUGCUCUGCCCCUGGAUAAAGUCCAAAAGAUCUUCACACAGCUUGUGGGCGCCGUCGCAUAUAUCCACAACAAAUCGUGUGUUCAUCGCGACCUGAAGCUUGAAAACGUGCUCUUGGACAAGAACGAAAAUGUGAAAUUAUGCGACUUUGGAUUUACUAGGGAGUAUGAAGGAAAAAGCAAUUAUCUCCAGACCUUCUGCGGUACAGUCUGUUAUAGCGCGCCUGAGAUGCUGAGAGGGGAGAAGUAUGCCGGCGAAAAGGUCGAUGUUUGGAGUCUGGGAAUAAUUCUGUUUGCAUUGUUAGCGGGCGAACUACCAUUUGACGAAGAUAACGAUCAAGCGACGAAAGAAAAGAUCCUUAGAGAGGAACCCAAAUAUCCCGCGAACAUGCCUGACGACGCCAAAAGUCUGAUUGGAAAGCUUCUGUCGAAACGACCCUUGUUACGGCCAAGUCUGGCCGAUAUUCUAGCCGAUCCCUUUUUAUCAGAUCACGCUCCGCAGCAGCAGGCGCUGUUGAAGCUAACUCAGCCAGCGCCUUUCAGCACUCCGCUGGAGAAAACCACACUGGAGCGCAUGCGCAGUGCAGGCGUUGACAUUGAACUGGUCAUUGAAAACGUCCUCUCCCAACGGUGUGAUGGAUUGGCAGGCUGGUGGACAUUGCUGAUAGAGAAGGAGGAGCGGAAAGAGAAGAGACGUGAGCGUAAGCGCAAGGAGAAAGAGUUGGAGGCGAAGCUCAUUCGACGACUUAGUGGCGCCAGCACUCGACUGGACAGAGUUGCGCCAACUUUGGUCGAGGUUGACGAGGAAGGUCAGUCACCUGCCAUAAAGGAUGCUACUCAGAACCGAGGACGAACAGAGCGGAGAAGUACACCGCACAUACUCAUUUCCGAUCUGCCUGAUCUACCUGAAGGCUCUGCCGUCGAAAGCCCCAAAUCCGAAAUGCCCCCCAUACCCAUCGAGAAAGAUGGCACACGAUCAGCCAGUUCCUCGCGUCCACCACCACCACCUAAAGAGCACCGCCGAAGAUCGAGUGAUCUGCGGCUGAAUGCGCCAGCCUCAGAAUCCCUCGCUGUCACCAAUGGGAUUCAAAAGCAACGCCCCUCUCGUCGUCAUCAGCAUUCUUUGUUGAAUCAGCUAGCUUCUCUCAAGCAUUGGCUGGUCGAGUCUGCGAAGCGAGCGCGGUCGCCAGCCAAAUCCUCGUCUAGCACUUCUAAUCAUAAGGGUGCGUCACUGAAGGAAAAAGAGGCUAGCUCAAAACAACCAAAUAUUCUGAGGGCCUCUGGGGCACACCAGCGCAAUGUGUCCCAAGCCACGGAUCGUACUCACUCUUCGACCGGAAAACCUGUCACUCCCAAGUCAGCGCGGUACCUAAAUCACACGUCAAACUCUCGCCCCUCUUCACUUGUACUACAACCCAGAAUAGAUACUCGGAACAGUCGCCACCGAGACUCACUGUCACCCUCCCCGUUGACAUCUCACUCGUCCUUCCGACGAAGUCAUCCUGGACUUCGAGGGCGUAAAUCGACCUCUUCUUCAGUCUCCUCCAUCCGCAGUAUUCAUCACCACCACACUCAAAGUAAAGCGUCUUCGGUCUCCUCAAACAGCAUUGACACGGUGCAUACUCCUACCGGCAAGUCCGCUAGAUCUCCUCAUACUUCCAUCAAAGUGCUUCCUGCAACACCCAGUGCAAGCACAAAGCUUCCAUCAAACGUUCGACCGGGACGUCCUUCGCUUGGCAACAGCGAGGGAAGCGUGUAUAAUGAAGCCACUCCGGUUGCUGGCAGCGGAGACCACGGUUUUUCUGGCUCUAGUGGUCUUGUUUUCGCUCGACGGAAGAAGUCGGCCUUCAAGGGUCCUAUGCUAAAUACCAGCUUGUUUGCGCAUAGCGUGCCUGGCGGGUCAGGCACGCCAGGUCUUCGUGGGCGAGAGGACAGUCGUCCGGACAGACAUCUGGGUGUCAGACGGAGCACAAGCGGUAGAAGCCGUAGCCGGAAAAGACGCAGCGUGGUGAUCGAGGAGGAAGAGGAAGAAGACGAGCAAGAGGCCGAAGAGGUUGAGGCCUUUAGUCCCGUCGAAAUCCGUCGAGGCGAAAGUGUACACAGCAUUAUGAUCUGGGAUGAGCGGGUCGACCCUAAGCCGUCGGGUGGGUUUGGCUCGGAUGAACAACCAUCGGAAGAAGGGAGCAAGGUCACACCCGACUGA